AUGGCACCUGUCCAGUGCGAAAAUUCAUCUGUGGCCCUUCACCAGCUCAAAGGCACUCCCCUUCCACUGCACCUAUUCCCAGACGGGCCCAAGACCAGCGGCCAGCAUCCCCCAAUCUGUGAACAGGUGAAACCAUUCUCAGAUUUCCCCAAAGAGAUAACCGGUCGGACAGUCUGGAAGGCCGAGGACUACACGAAUAAUCCUGAGAAAUGGAUGCAUCGAUUCAGUCAAGCACAGAUUGCCGAGUUGAGCCAGGCUGCGGAUGCCUUCCUCGAGGCCAGAAUUUCUCUGACAGUUUUAACCCUUGACCGAAGAAAUGGACGUGUGCGUGUGCCAAAAUCUGCCCGGGGAAUUUCUAACCCGAGGAUAAGCAUACCACAGAGUAACUUCCCCCUCCCCAAACUCUCAUCUUUUCUCGCAGAGCUGAGGGAGGACAUUAUCAAUGGCAGAGGGUUUAUCCUGUUCAAGGGAUUUCCCGUCGAGCAAUGGGGUAAUCACAAGUCUGCCGUGGCAUAUAUGGGAUUGGGCACAUAUCUGGGAUACUUCGUCAGUCAAAACGGCCGUGGCCAUGUCCUUGGCCAUGUCAAGGACCUGGGAGAGGACUCCACGCAAACCGACAAAGUGCGCAUAUAUAGAACAAACGCAAGACAAUUCUUCCACACGGACGACAGUGAUAUCGUUGGACUUCUUUGCAUCGCAAAAGCGCUCGAGGGUGGGGAGUCCGAUAUCGUCUCAACACACCUGGUGUACAACGUAAUCGCCAAAACACGACCGGACGUCCUUGAAACGCUCACGAAGCCUAUCUGGUAUAUAGACCGCAAAGGGGAAACCAGCAUUGGCCAGGAGGAAUAUAUAAGAGCCUGCAUCUUCUACGUCGAGCCAAAGGAGGAUGGGCGGGUAUUUGCGAAGUGGGAUCCAUAUUUUGUCCGAUCCCUCACCCGCUUUUCCGACAAGGGCAUCAUCCCGCCAUUGUCUCCCGCACAACUCGAGGCGCUCACUGUUCUCGAAGAGACCUGUCUCAGACUCGCCCUCCACAUGGUUCUCGACGUCGGAGAUAUCCAAUUCCUCGCUAACUCCCACAUCCUUCAUGCCCGCACGGAAUACAAAGACUAUCCACCCCCUGCCCCACGGAGACAUCUCAUGCGUCUCUGGCUGGCAACACCAGAGAGCAAAGGGGGAUGGACGCUCCCGUUCUGGGACACCAAUGAGAAGAAAAGAGGGGGAAUUCAAGUAAAUAAUCAGCCCCCUGUGGCACUGCUGGAUGCGGAUUAG